CAAACGGAGGUGGAGCGGGGGGUUGUAGGUCUGCAGGGAGCCCAAAGAGAAGCAAGAGAGUCGACGAGCAAGAAGAAAGGAAGAAGGAAAUGGCGUUCACGCUGAGGAGUGUGAAGGUACCGCCAAACUCGGCCAACUUGGAGGAGGCGAGGAGUCGGGUGUUCGAUUUCUUCAGGUCGGCCUGCAGAUCCAUCCCCACCGUCAUGGAUAUCUACAAUCUCCAGGACGUCGCCUCCCCCACCCAGCUCCGCUCCACCAUCGCCUCCGAAAUUCGUAAGAAUUCUCACGUCACUAACCCCAAGGUGAUUGACAUGCUGCUCUUCAAGGCGAUGGAAGAACUGAACGACAUUGCGGAACAUGCAAAACAACGGCACCACAUCAUUGGCCAAUAUGUGGUUGGUCGCACGGGGCUUGUGCAGGAUUUGGGAACCAAGGAUCAGGGCAUCUCCAACUUUCUAAAGAAUUUCUACAACACCAACUAUUUCUGAACAUUGUUAGAAUAUGUCCUCGCAUCCCAUGGGGUUUUUCUUUUCGUUCUGAGAUUUUGCAAAUAAGUACAAACUUGAAGCACUUUUGUGUCUGUUACUAGAUGAAAUCUUCAUAUUCAUUUUUAUCAGAUGUCACUCUCUUGGAGCGAAUUGCUAUUUAGUCCGUUUGCUGUGUGGCAGUGUUGUCUGGAAAACAAAAAGGAAAAAAUUGGCAAGUUAUUGUAUCUUUUGAUGGUGCA